AUGGUUGAGGAGAGGACACUCAAGUUUAUGUUUAUGGACACAUCAACUCUUGAUGCCAAGGCAAAGGCAUAUAUUGAACUUUGUCGCGAUGAAAUGCUCAUGAAGAAGAAAAUGCUCAUGAGGCAAAUGAUGAUGGGAGGAGGCAUGGGAGGUGCCAUGGGAGAAGGCAUGGGAGGAGGCAUUGGAGGUGCCAUGGGAGGAGGCAUGGGAGGUGCCAUGGGAGGUGCCAUGGGAGGAGGCAUGGGAGGUGCCAUGGGUGGUUACAUGAACAUGAUUGGAGGUUCCAUGAAUGGUGCAUUUGGCGGAAACAUGGGAGGUGGCUUCAGUGGCAACAUGGAAGGUGGCUUUGGCGGCAUGGGAGGUGGCUUUGGCGGCAACAUAAUGGGUGGCUUGGGAGGUGGCUAUGGCGGCAACAUGAGUGGCGUUGGAGUUGGCUUCGUCGGCAACAUGACCGGUAUGGGACGCAAUGAAGAUGCUUUCGAUGGUGCUCACGGCAACGAGAGUUCACCGCUUGUUGAGAACGUCGACAAAGACGGUGGUGAAGAUGAUGAUCGUACCACAGUUCACAACGCCGGUGGUGUUGAUGACCCGCAUGAGUAA